CUUCAAUCUCGUCCAUUCUCUCAUAUCAAUCACUUAACAACCCUUUGUUAUUUACUUUUAUGACAUUCUAUAGGUUAUGGUUGUUGUAACCGAUUCCAAAACUCACCUUGCUACCGGUUUCCCCCGGUUCCGCUUUUUCCGCUACCGCCGUAUCCGGUGACUAAAAUCAUAAGUCAUUAUUAUAUUCAUAUUCAUAUAUAUGUAAUUAAGAAUAUGUCUACAACUAAGAAAAGCAGCCCGAAAGGACAAGGGAAGAACAAGAAGGGGAGAUUAACGGAUAAAGCGAUGUCGUUUCAUGGUCGUGUGUCAGAAGAUAUGGUAGGGAAGUUGACUAGGCCUAGGACCGUGCCCGAGUUGGUUUCGGGUAGGAGUGUUGUUAUGACCGAGAGGGUGAUGACGCAGCCGAAACUGACUAAGUUGUUGCUUAAUGUUACCGUUCAAAGAAGCUUAGGUCCCGUCCACGUGUUGAUAUCUCCGGAAGCUACGGUUGGUGAUCUUAUUGCUUCCGCUCUGCGUCAGUAUUUGAAGGAAGGUAUACGACCGAUAUUAACGUCUCAAGAUCCAUUUGAAUUUGAUCUUCAUUAUUCGCAAUUUAGUUUAGAAAGUUUAUCUCGGGACGCAAAGUUAAACGAGUUAGGUUCACGAAAUUUCUUUCUGUGUCCUAAGCAAUCGGCCACAAUCGCUGGAAAUGGUAGUGGUCAAGGUGAACCCGGAGCUUGUUACGAUGGGAUGACCACAUCAUCGUCCACAUGCUCGAAGGAAGCGGAGAAAGCGACGAAAGGUGGAGCCGGCUGGCUCAGAUUCAUGGAAUUCAUGUUGUAGUUUUGAUUAGUUAGUAUUCAAAAUUUGUUGUUUUAAUUUGGUGAUGUUUGUACACCCCAAAAUAUUACAAUUCAUCAAUAUAAAUAUUGGUUGAUGAUUAGAAUAGAUUAGAUUGGGGUUGAAAUUGUUGUAUAGUGAUGAAUUAGCUUGUAUGAUUGUGUAUAAGUUAUUAAUUGUAAAAACUAAAAUAAAAUAAAAUAUCAUCUUAAAUUACAUA